GGUGUAAACUUAAAACUUUGAGAAUGAUCUCCCUUUGUGUUCUCGGUACGUUUCUGUGCGUGGUUUCGAUGGUGACGUCACAACAGCUGGGGUGUCACCGCGCCUUUAUGGCGAACGCUAUGAGUUGUGUACAGAACGCAACCAUCAACUUCCAGUCGCUCACCUAUCUGACCAGUAACGGUACCAUCGGGCAGCCGCCGCAAGAGGGCAUUGAACAGUUCCGCAUGCGCGCUUGCAAUGUUCGCGCACGCGUGGACCAGUGCGGCGAGAUGGUGACCCAGACGUUGUUGAACAGCACGAUGUGUAUGAACCAGCUGGAACGUCAGCAAGUGAUGGCGUCGUCCAAGGAUAUCUUUGGAGGAUACGACAGGAUCUGUGCACAUCCCUGUCGAUGGACCCUCAAGGAGGAAAUUCGUCAGUGUUUCACCUACAACAACCUUGACCCCAGACUGUUUUUCGAGUCCUUCUGGUUAAAGAACGCCAUCAUUGGGCUCAUCAGUGACACGGUGUACCAGUUCUGCGUAAAUCGCCAACAGUUGAUGCAGUGUUUGAGACAGAAAGCCCAAAUCUGCCAGGAUUCCCAGCAAGUCUUUACAGAGAUGGGGAUGGAACUCAACUCCAUGGAGCGGGGCAUCAACACACUCUGUAACUUCCAGAACGUGUACCUCAGUGGACUGGGUUGCUACAUGAACCCCUCACCGGAAGUCCAGAUGUGUCAGCAUAACUCCGAGAUGAAGAUGCAGACGAUCAAAUCCAUCCAGUACACGCAACUGACCAAUCAGCAGUUCAUAAUGCAACUGUGCAGUACUCGUCUGGAGGGAUCCGAAUGCGUCAUAAACGCCCACACGAGGCGUCAACAGGAGCGCUGUGACCAGGCCAUGGUCGGUCUGAGGACGGAACUCGACUGCAUCCUCCUGCCACAGCUGUGUAUGCAGUUCUAUCCACACAUGUUCCAGCGCAUGUGUAACCCUAUGAACUAUCACUUGGAAGAGCGAAGCCAUUACGCCGCGGCCGGAAGUCUCGAUUUCGCCUGGUCCACCAUCUCAGCUCUUCUCGCUGUCGCUAUUGUCUCAAAAGAGAGGUUUUAAUUAUGUCCGUGGCUGUGUUUCGUCUGUAACGUCCAUGUUCUGUUCGUGGUUUAGUAGUAAGUCUCUCCGUAUCUGAAGAUAUCUCCGGGUAGAAUGAAGAUUAGGAGAGAUGGGUGUUGUAGAAAUAUUGAGAAAAAAAAUCCAGGUGUAUAUAUUAAAUUAUAUUAUUUGAUCAUAUUGUACUUGUAAAUAUCAUUAAUGAUAGUUGGCGUGUUUUGAGGAGCGGUAUAGGUGGGUCAAUGUUAGUUCAGUUCAGACUGUUUUGUCAAAUAAUUCAUUGAUUAUAAAUAAAAUAUUUAUUAAUAA